UAAACAUGCGUGUGACCAGCUCGGUCCAUUCAUCCCCCACACAUCUUGCGACUCCUUUUGGCCCUUGUGGGGGGGUGGGAGAGAGAAUGAAUCCGCCGUGUGGGAGAUGCUCCAAACCGGUUUACCCCACAGAGAAAAUCAACUGCCUCGAUAAGGAUGUUUCAUGUCGGAUUUUGAGAUGAAAACGCCGAUGCAAUUAAUGCUAGGGCAAAAAUGUUUGCUGUCAAGAGAAUAAUUUGAGGAAUUCCUAUAAACCAACAUCUCUGCUUUUAUUUUAAGUAUUGGCACAAAGGUUGUUUCAGCUGUGAAGUGUGCAAGAUGGCGCUGAGCAUGAACAACUACAAAGGCUUCGACAAGCGGCCUUACUGCAGCAUGCACUACCCCAAAACAUCCUUCACCAUCGUGGCCGACACCCCUGAGAACCUGCGCCUCAAGCAGCAGAGCCUGCUCAACAGCCAGGCCCUCUACAAGGAGGACUUUGAGAAGAACAAGGGCAAAGGGUUCAGCGUGGUGGUGGACACGCCGGAGAUGCAGAGGCUGAAGAAGACUCAAGAGCAAAUCAGUGAUAUUAAGUACCACGAAGACUUCGAGCGCAGCAAAGUACGAAGUGACGCGCCGCCUCCGGAAAAUAGGCAAGAGGAACCGACGAAUCAGGGGAGGAACAGUUUAGACGCACAGAUGCGCUCUAGUCUUGUGGCGCCGUCUGGCGGAGAGAAGCGCUACCAGGCCUUGUACAGCUACACGGCAGCGGAGGCGGACGAGGUCUCCCUGCAGGAGGGCGACCUCAUCGGGGACGUGGAGUUCAUCGAUGCAGGAUGGCUGUUUGGGAGCAACCAGCGCACUGGCCAGCGGGGAAUGUUGCCCGCCAACUAUGUGCGGCCUGUGUGAUGACAAAGAUUUUACAGUUUUGUUUUUACCCGGAACAGGACGUUUGAGCUUCACAGUCACAGGGCUUCUCCCAAAUUUCUAUGAUGAGAAAAACCAGCAUCAAAAUUUGCUUUGACAUAUCAAAAAUGUGACUAUAAAAUUCCAAGAACGACAGAGACUAAUGUAUAACAAAAUUAAUAACUUUAUUCCAAAAAUGUAGAUAAAAAUUCUAUGAAUAACUUUUACAUUAAAACAAGACCUUUACUUACAAA